GGGCGGGCUAGCGCAGGCGGAGGAGGUGAAACUUUCCCUCUCUGGUCACCUGACCGGGCCCCUCGGACCACGUGAUCCCUUUCCCAUCGUCGCCAUUUUAAAGCGGUGCUCCCUGCAGAGGCAACAGCAGCGGGAGGGAGGAAAAAAGGAAAAGCAGAGCUCACUGAGGCUCCCCUGGGAAGGUGGGUGCGAAGGGGGGGGGCGGGGAGCGCGUUUUUCGAGGGGGCGUGUAUGGGGAGGAGGGGAAAGCAUCCCUAUGAGCGACCGGGAAAGGGGUUGGGGGUCUCCCUUUCCCACCUUUUCUCUCAGCAGGCACCCGAGAGGAGGGGGAGAGGGUGGCAGGUUGGGUGGGAGACGCGUGGUGCUCAGCUCCCAGCACCUGUCAGAGGCAUGGAGCAUCUCCCCUCGACCCCGGUGAGGUAGAGCUGCCUUACCUCACACACUCAAAACGAGGGGAGGGGUGUGAGGGGUGGAUGUUCAGGCGUUAAAGGAGCUAAGAGCAGCACAACGUUUGGGGGAUUUUCCGCCGUCACUUUCCGGAGUUGGGGUAUGGCUCCCUCCUUCCUUACGCAUAACGGUCUGUGCACCUACUGCAUUUAUUGAUUUAUAUUGGCCUUCCUCUACUCUUGGCGCCACAUGGGGAUAUUGUCAUUCUCACACACACACACACACACACACACACAGAGAGAGAGAGAGAGAGAGUUCCCUGUGCCAUUCUUUUGGUGAUUCCUUUCUGGUGCAUUGAUGUGUGUGUCCUUUAUAUGGUUUUACAAACAAAUAGGCAGGCUCCCAUUCUUCAGUCUAACAUUUUUACACACAUCCUUUCUUAGCAAUGUUAUAGCCCCCCCCCCCCAUUGCCCCUAUUAGCCACCUCCAAAGCUCAGGAAAGGAGUUUCUUUCUCUCUGAUCCACCCUUUUGAUGCAGUUGUCCAUACACACAAUUAUUAUCCUCAAACUUCCUUUCAGCCAAUGAGUUGAAAGACAAUAAGUCUCUUCCUUCAUCUUUAAAGCUUCAGUUCCUAUUUAUAAUUGCUAGCUAUGGACUAUAAUUUCUGUAGUGUUUUGUAGUCCUUAAUCAGAUUCUUGCAACAGGUUGCAAUGGAGGGAACAUAGCUCAAGAUUGCCUAGUGGCCAAAUGGGAAUAUUGGAACUCCACAGUCCCAAUUCCAAUCCUCUAGUCAUACCAUUGAUCUAUUCCCAUCAUUCUCCCAUUAGAGUAUCAGUCUUCGGCUUAUAGGUUGGGGCCCACGGCUUGCUCACAAGCUGACCUAAGGUAGGUCACAGCCGAAGUACUACCAAUAUGCAAAAGUAUAGCUUUAAAAACCAAGGAGCUGCUCCUCAAAUGCAUUUUUGGGGUAAAGGUCUGAUUUGAUUUGAUUUGAUUUGAUUUGUAUGCCACUGUCCAUUCAAAUGAAUCCCAAAGCAGCUUAAAGACAAUAACAUAAUAAAAUAUCACAGAUAUAGUGUAAGUCAUAUUACAGAAUUGGCAAAUAAUCAGUAAAACAAUUGUUGUCUAUAAAACGCUAUUAACAAACCAGAAACUGAAAAAAUAAUCUGAGCGUCAUAGUUAUGGCAUAAGCAAUAUUACAUGAUUAACAGAUCAUCAUCAAAACUUUUCUAAUCUAUAAAACGAUAACUAAAAAAUAAGCUAAAGCCGGGUUGUAUGUCUAAAAAGCGUGCCAGCCCUUAAGAAUGUGCACACACACAUUUCUUCAAAACCAUUGUUUCAAAGUGUCUUGACAUGAAGAUUGUAUUUGUUUUCCUUUCCUGUAAUUCUCCAACUUCAGUCUACUUAUUUCCCACACCCACCCCACUUAGAAUCUCAGCCCUAAUGAGCCCUCAAGCUCAGGGUAUGAUUCUGCUUUCCUACCAGUUUUCUGAUCUCCACGAAACUAGUGUGCUGAACCCUACAUUUCACUUUUGCUCCUUAAUGGUAAAAAUUACUUCACUGUUAGUCUCAGGCAAAUUGUCACAUGUACAGGAUUGUGUUUUGUGUAUCUCAAAGAAGCUAUAGAAUGCUAAUAGAACUGGAAACCCUAUAUCUGGUGUUCUGCUUUCAAAAGUGCUGCAGAGGGAACCUGGUUAAAACUUUUCUCGGCUGGAGGUUGCAACAAGCUAACACUUUCUUAUCAGUCUCAACCCUUUUGACUGCAGUGUCAAUAGCAUACUUUUAUAGGUUAAACAAAAAGUUUGUUUGUUUUGUGAAAAGUGAAAGACUCCUGCAAGCAUAGUGUAAAAAAAAAAAGUACACUUUCUUUUAUUUUCCGUUUUAAGCAUUAAAAAAGAGUGCCUGAUUACUUCUAGAUAAAGUAGUAUUCAAAAUGUAAUGUCUGGUAAAUAGUUUGGCAGGAAUGCUCUUUAAUUUGUUGCUAUAGCUGCUUUUACUUGCAGGAUUUUCCUUUUAGGAUGUUCUUGCAGUUAUGACGGGAUGAGGAAACUCUGGUCUGGUGGCUGCAGGUAUAGUGUAAUGUGAAUUUACCUUUAGCGAAGUCAGACUUUGGGUUCACCUUGCCUUGUGUUGUCUACAGGGAGAUUCGGGUUCAUCAGAUGAUGGGGAAGGGGGCUCUUUAAUUCUUUAUUUCUCAGCCAUUUAUCCAAAAUUCCUGCUACCUCCUCUCCCACCCACUGUUUUCUUCUGCUAGAUGUAAAGGAUAUAAGGCCCUAGUAUCUUUUAUUGUCUCUUUUGCAAAAAACCAGUUCUGGAGAGGUGUGAUUCAGAAUGACUCAAGAAGAAGGAUUUAAUCAAAUCCCCUCUUCUUCAACCCCCGGUCCGCCACUCACCUUGGUUGCCUUACCUGAUUUUUUUAAAAAGCCAUUGAGGAUAGAAAAUAGCAAAAGAGCUACACUUCUGAUUAUGAUUAAAACUUGAUUGAUUUGUUACCAAAGCAACUCAAAGCGACUUACAAUAAAUAAUCAAACACAUAUAUUGAAACCAUCAUAAAACAAACAUAGGAAAAUCUAAAAGAAAAUCCUAUUCUUAUAAGGCAGGAUUGAAACAUCCCGCCCACUCAAAGAGGCCAUUGAUAAUUAAGAGCCAAAUGCCUGGUAAAAAAAGAAAUGUUUGUGCAUGGUACCUAAAGCUAUGUAAUGAUGGUGCUAGGUGAUCUUCCCUGUGGAGAACAUUCCACAAGUGGGGAGCCACCACUGAAAGGGCCUGUUCUCAUGUUGCUACCCUCCAAACCUUACAAGAAAAGGGCACACAUAGAAGGACCUCAGAUGAUGAUUGCAGGGUCUGAGGUCGUUCAUAUGGGAAGUGGUGAUCCUUGAGGUAUUGUGGUCCUGAGCCACAUAAGGCUUUGUGGGUCGAAAGCAGCCCUUUGUUGUUGUUUUUUUUAAAAUAAUAUUUAUUAAUAGUUUCAGAAUUAUAGAAAAAAAACCAACAACACUACAAUACAUAAAAAAGAAGAAAAAACGCAAAACAUAAAAACCAAUACAACAAUACAGCAACAAAAAAAGAAGAAAAAAAGACAUAAAUCCCAAAUUACAUAUCUUUAACUUCCAUUUGCUUGUUUCAUUGACCUCCUCACACCUCCCUUUUUGUAUUCUAGUUUAAUUAGUUAUUUUAGCAAAUUCUUUCCAUCUUUCUCAAUUUUUGUUAAAUAAUUUAUCUUAACAAUUUAACCUAAUAAUUAGCUCAACAAGUCCUUUCCAUCUUUCCCCAUAUUCUGCUAUUCAAAUUACCUUAAUUUAUUUAACCUUAUCUUACCAUAAAAUACCUUAAAGCUUGAAUCUUAAUACUCAAAUAUACAUAACUCCUGAUAUCAUUUCUGCUAGAGUCAUAUAGUUUCAUUCCAACAUUUUCCCUAAUAUUCAUUAAUUUUAGGCUAAUUCCCUAAAUAAAAAAUUUUCUUUAUAAAUUUUCUUCCAAUCUUCACCCAACGUCUCUUCUUCCUGGUCUCGGGUCGUGUCAGUCCUUACUGUCCAUUCCAUCUAGUCCAUCAACCUGGAAGUCUUAUGUCGGAGGCCCUUAAGUCUCUUCCAUGUCCCUUCUGCAGGUCUUCUUCUUCUUGUUUAUACUUGCACUUUUCCUUGUCUUUUGUUGGUCUCUUUCUUAAUUUCUUUCCUUUAUCAUUGAGGAGUAGGUCUCUGGGGGAUUCCGACCCAAAAUUAUCUCUGUCUCCCUUCCUCAAACCCGCUCAUUCCCCACAGUCCCACUCCCCACAGUCAUCAAUGUAAACCAAAAAGUAUUUAAAAGCAUAUUUCAAGGUCUCUCCAAAGUUAGGAACCUCCUCUGCUCCAGACUCCCCCUGGCCCGCUCCAACUUCAAUCUUCAAUGACAGCGGCUUAUGCUCCUGUAGGGCCUCGGGUCUCUCCAUUUGUAUUAUUUGAGGUGCAACCGCAUCCUCCUCCAUUAUCUUCUGCACUUGCCCGGUCAGUACAGGUUCAUGAGUUGGUCCCUGAAUGGUUUCUAUAUCAAUGUUCCCUGUUUGUCCACAGUUAUUAACCACGACAGUCAUCAAGUCCAUUUUAUCAUUCAUCAAAUCCAUCUUCUCGUGCAUCUGUUCCAGCAAGGCACUUGUCUUGCAUAAAGCAAGCACCCAAUCUUCCUCCCAGCUCAUCUUUAGUCAAGGUCAGAAAAGACUGGUCCCACGAUCUUAAUCUCACAGCUGUUGAGUCCUCAAGUAGACUGUAGCAACAAUUUAACAAGCUCCCUCUAGAGGAGACAAUUUCUAUUUGUAUCCAUUUUUUUUUUAAGGCAAGUCCAACAAAGGAAAAUUUACUUUCAUUUUUCAGAUAUUUUUCAGAUAUUUUGUUUCUUUAGAAUGCAAAAGGCAACAUUGGAAUCAGUUUAUUUCUCUUCUUUAGCUAUCUGUCAAAGUAUUCCAUUCACAGUCAAUGAACCUCUCCAACUAUUUCUGUCUCUGACACCCUGUUCCCAGGUUAGAGACGGUGGAAACUUAUCCUUCUUCACUCCCUCUCCUGCAGGGGUUAAACAAAGUCUCCCCCCCCCCUUUUCUCCUGCUUCCAAGGGGGUUUCAGUAAUUAUAAAUGAAGGAAAUUUAGACUUUUUUAACGGCUUUCCAGGCUUUAGCUUACAAGGUUUUUGCUUUAGUCUAUAUACAAAAAGCGGAAGGCGGACUUCCUGUUUUGAACCUUCCCGCUUCGAUGCCAAAUUAAGAUAUUUCUUGAUCCAAUUUUCCGUUUCUACUCACGGGUACUUGUUUUAAAUCCAAUUGUCCACAGGAAAAUGUCAGCGCUCUCCGGCAAUGGCUGUGCGGCUUCACUCCGUGAAAAUAGCAAUCAGUUCGCAGCACCGCGCCACUCACCCCACUUCGCUCCGGCGCCCCAAAAUGGGGUUCCCGGUGAGUAGGGGGUGCGCUCCUGGUGCCCUGCCGAACCCCACGUUCCCAGGCUUUGUCCGCCUGGGAUUUCUAGCGGGUCCCCACCUUCGCCGCGGCGGGAAGACCCAGUUUCCACGGAGCCCGUUCCUCCGAUUGGAGGAACUCCGCCAUUCACCGAUGGCGCUGACCCGGAAGUCCCGAAAGCAGCCCUUUGAAUUGGGUUCAGAAACUAAUUAGCAGCCAGUGCAGUUUGGCCAGGAUUGUUGUUAUAUGCUCAAACUGUAUUACUCUAGUGAGCAACCUGACCACUGAAUUCUGCACCAGCUGCAGUUUCUGAAUUUCCUUCAAAUGAGAUCAUCAGCAUUGAUCUUCUCAACUCUUUUUUAGUUUGGUGAAAACAUUCACCAAAGAGUUGCCAAAGAAUUGAUUGUCUUGAUUAUUCUCGGCAAGAAAAUGCAACAUUCUUAAAGACCAAAGUUGUGUGGCACUACAGCCUGUAUAGGUCUACUCUGAAUUAAAUCCCACUUGAGUUCAAUAUGGCUUGUUUCCAGGUAAGUGGCUAAAGGAUUGCAACUUCAUCUGAAGUAAGUUCCAGUGAGUUCAAUGGAUUUCUUGUCUGGUAAGUAUGUGCAGGAUUAUAGUUACCUUUUGAGCUGUCAUUGGCAAAGCUCUGCUUCAUCAUGUGCCAAAAACACCUUAAACUAGGAUGCAGAUACUGAAGCUUGAACUCCUCAAACACAGGAUAGAAUAUUUGAUCAGUGAAGUAUUUGUUGAUUUCAUUAUGAAAAUGUUCCUUCUGCUAAGGUGUUUUAUUUUUAAAAGAAUCCUACUGCUUUCGCUUCCUUUAUAGAUCCAAAUGUUUGUCAUUUUUAAUCUGCCAGAAUAUUAAAGAAAGAUCUGACAGUUUAAUGUCAUCUUAUUCCCAGGUUGCUAUUCUGUUGUCAUUGCGAUUUUGACUAAGCCAAGGCAUACGUAGCUGAAGAAAUUUCUCUAGUUUUCACACCAUUGGUGGUGUGGAAUUAUUUGAGCUCGUUUCAUGGAAUAGUGCAUGUAGUAAAUCAUUCUGCAAGUGAAAAGCAUUCCCUGCCAAUUGAAUUGCUUACAGACUUUUCAAAGUGUUAAGUACUCACCAAAUUUUAUCCAGCUCAGUCUGGAAUAGUAAGACUUUUUCAGUCUUGCAGUCAUGUUUCUGAUCAGUUUUGCUUACUAAAUCACAUAGCAAGCUUGCAUGGUGUUGUUUGGUGAUACUCUCACCUUAAAACUGUUUGAAAAUGUUGUAGUUAAAAUGGAGGAAUGGCAUAUGUGGUAUUCUUGCAGAUUUGAUUGAUGUUAGUCAUUUGUACUGAUCUUUAGACCAUCUUCUGCUCAAGGGUGCUCAUUCUUUAGCGUUCAAGUGCUUAAUAACUUCAUCCUGUCUCAAAUUAACAUUCUCUUUUCACAGUUUACUGCCAUGAACGUUUUCAAUUAGCUAUGGAGCGGGAACUCCCAGGGCACUUGCAAGAGAUCAACAGACAGAUGUUCAGAUCAAGGAAACUCUGCAUUGGUGCACAGGGAUGACUUCAUCCCUAAUCGCCUCUGCUAAUAGAGUGCAAGCACAGCUGAGACAAAUGGUGAGGUUGGCAAGGAGGAGGAUAAGCUCAGGUCCCUUUUGAACAGUUGGAGGUCCAUACUUUGUAUGGAAUAUCACUUAUGUGUUAAGAUGCAAAGCAGCUUUUCAAAGGGGCUGGAUGACUUGUGCAUCUGUUUAAGGUGCAUGAACUGAUUGACUGCAACAUUUAUGCCAUUGUGUUCCGUAAGCUUGAUGUUUUGUAACACAGCCAUGUACGUUUUAAGUUUCAGAUAUUAUGGAAGAAGGCAACAGUAUUACAGCAGUAGUCUCAAACAUUGGGGAACCGGAAGCUGUACUGAUCUCCGAAGCAGUUGUAAGCCCAACUUCAGAAAGUGGUGAAGACCAGAGAAAGUGUAACCCUGACCCACUAAUCCAGGUCAUCCAAAAGCUAAGCAAGAUCGUUGAGAGUGAGAAGUCACAAAAAUGCCUUUUAAUAGGGAAAAAGCGCUUGCAUCCCGAUGUGUCCCUGCUGUCACUUGACUCACAAAACCUCCCAGAGAUCCCAGGUAAAACCAUUGAACUGCCUGCCCUGGGCACGAUAAAUAUAGAAGAUUAUUAUGUGACAGACUGUCCUCCGCAGAAUAAAAGGAAGGUGGUUUGUUACCAAUGCAGUCUCUGUAAAUCUCUGUCUCCCACUCUCCCUCUCUUAAAAGAACACGUGAAACAACAUGGCCAGCAGAACGAAGUAAUACUUAUGUGCUCAGUGUGCAAUUUUGCCAUGAGAAGCCUAGAAGAGUUUGAAGCUCAUGUGAGGCAUCACCCAGAGAACAGCAGCAAAGCACACACUCUUUCAAAGGAGCAGCAGCAAUGUGCAAGUUUUCCCAGUACCACUUUGCAUGGUCCAGUGGAAGGUUUUGUCAAUGCCGGCGCUGAUCAGACAGCACAGCUUCAGUCUCCCCGUCCAACGGAGAAGGGGAGGCAAAAAUGGUAUACUUAUGAGCAGUACGGCAUGUACCGAUGCUUAAUUUGCAGCUACACUUGUGGUCAGCAAAGAAUGUUGAAAACGCAUGCCUGGAAGCAUGCAGGCGAAGUGGACUGCUCAUACCCCAUAUUUGAGGAAGAAAAUGAACAAGCUACGUUGCAGGACCCUGCUCUAACGGGUGUUCCUCGCAACGUGGAUGCCGUUGUCCUCGCGCUAGAAAAUAAUGAACUGGGUCUCUCUGGUGACCAGGCUGUUCAACUCCACAUUUGUAGCUCUGAGCAAAUGGUGUACAAAACCUCCUCGACAGAAGAGCCUGCGAAAGAGGAGGCGCUCUUAAGUCAGUCGGCUGCUCUCUCGCCCACAGGCAAAGGAGCAGAAGAGACUCUGUCAGAUACCGAUCUGGAGCAAGACAACUUGAUGACCGACAGCUUGCUUUCCUCCGCCCAAAAAAUCAUUAGCUGCAGCCCAAAUAAAAAAGGCCACGUUAACGUCAUAGUUGAACGUUUGCCGAGCGCCGAAGAGCCUGUCUUGCAGAAGCCUUACUCUAUGGACACCGACAUUGAAGCCGAGAAGAAAAUAAUCUCUGAGCAAGUUCGUGUGGCACGCGAUGGGGACGUUUAUCAUAUGGACAAAAGCUCUGUGGAACUCGAAGAAGUCAUAAUCGGAUGGAGCAGUGCGGAGAAGAAAGAUGGCGAUUUAAACCCUGGUAGAGCCAAAGCAGCGGAUGAAAAUGCGCCUCCCACCAGAAGAAGAACAAAUUCAGAGUCCUUGAGGCUGCACUCCCUGGCUGCUGAAGCGCUCGUCACGAUGCCCAUCAGAGCUGCAGAGCUAACCCGGUCAAGCCUCAGAGCUUUCGCCGAGGCAAAUUCUAUAGGUUCAGAGGCUGGGCAGAGGCCAGCUGACAACAGCUACGUCGCCCAUUCUAAGCUGGUGACCUCCCUUAAAACAGAGGAAUUGGCAGGCCUGAACCAAACGGACUGUGCUUUCAUGGAAAUACAGAAGGAUAAGCCAGAGCUGGCUGAAGGUCCCAUUAAAAUGGGCAUCAGCAUGUCCCUGCUCACCGUCAUUGAAAAGCUGAAGGAGAGGACGGACCAGAACGCUUCCGACGAUGACAUUCUGAAGGAGUUGCAAGACAACGUGCAGUGCCAACCUGCAGCCGACGCCAACGUGCUGGGGAGCAACCUGGUGGAAUACAUCCCCAAUGUGGAUCGCCCCUUCCGAUGCCGCCUGUGCCACUACAGUAGUGGCAACAAGGGGUACAUCAAGCAACACUUGCGGGUGCAUCGCCAGAGGCAGCCCUAUCAAUGUCCUAUCUGUGAGCACAUAGCAGAAAACAGUAAGGAUUUGGAAAACCAUAUGAUCAACCACUGCAAAACCCGAAUGUACCAGUGCAAACAGUGCGAAGAAUCCUUUCAUUAUAAGGUGAAGUGUUUUUACUUUUGUGUUUGCCGUUUUUUUACUGUUUCUUGAUUGCUUUGAACUGUGUGAGCCAGAGAAGUUGCAGCUUGUCAUGACAGGCUUAACUGGGGCAGUCAAUUGCAAACAGUCGAUGAUGGUUGGUUGCCAGAAAGGUCCCAUUGAGAUUGCUAGCACUGGAGUGUCUGGUGCUGCUCAGUGCCUGAGUAAUGGCCUUGGAAUCAACGACUGGAUUGUUUGUCAAAACCUGUAAGUCAGUUCAGAAGUGGGUCAAGGAAGCAUCAGGGUCAGAACUUUAUUUCAGCCUCUUCAAAGCUGGAGUUAAGCCUGUAGUGAUAAGGCAGGUAGAACUCUGAACUCAGCCAAUAGACGCAGCAGUUUUGGAAAACCAUAACAUUAACCCCCCCCUUUUUUUUAAACCGAGGGACAUACCCUUUAACAAUUGAGUAUCUUAACAAUUCCUAUGUCUGAAGAGGAACAACAAUUCUGAUUGUUAUAUGCCAUUUUUCUUAAAGCAGCUUAACUGCUAUACAAUAAACUAUAUAAAUAGAAAAAAUACAAGAAAAGCCCAAGUUAUAUCAUCAAGUUAAAGCCUAAUAAUAAAAAGUUAGAGUGCAUGACUAUUCUACCAUGUUGGGGUACAAACCAGGGUCUUUCUGCAGCUCUUGGUGGAGUGGCGGGUGGGUGGGUGGAACCUUGUUACCUAGUUAUUAAACCAGGUAAUGGUAAUUCUGCUUUGUGGUGCUUUUCUAAAUUUACGGAGCUCACUCAGAUUUGGGCAACUGAAAAGUCUACUUUCCCGUUAUCCCUGCUUGAGUUGGAAACUGUGUUUCUCUCCUCACCCCAUGCAGUUGGUUAGUGAUCAGGUGUCUUGAGCUCCUCUUUAGAAAUCUUCUUGAUUUGUAUUGUCAUUUUGUUUGGCUGCCUGUCAGAUAAGUAAUCACAGAUGGCGUUUGGCAGGAAAAUAAUGAGAAUUCAGCAUAGAGGUUCAGCCACUCCGUAUUUGCACCCUUUUAAAAGACGGUACUCCUGUUUGCUUUGCAGAGUCAGCUUCGAAGCCACGAGAGAGAGCAACACAGCCUUCCAGACCUAUACUCGAUGCCACCGUCUGACAGCCUAAUAACUUGUAGCAAAGUGGAUGAAAGAGUCGGUACUGUCUGUCUUUUUCACUCGCUUAGUGAUAACAUUGGGUCAGUUUGAAAAGUUGAGCUCAACAUGCUGGAGGUUCUUGAGAAUCCCUUGGCUGUAGCAGUGACUUUUAACUGUUAAAAGCCAAUGUUACAUUUAUUUUCCCAGUCACCCAUAGUACCUGAGCAGCAGCACUGCCACUGCCAGGAAUUUGCAGCAUUGGUAUGCAGAUAAUGAUAUGUGCAACCAAUAUGGUUCGGGGCUGUUAAAGGUAGCACCCGCUUCAUGGAGAAUCACCAGAGGAAAAGGCUUUUCAGCAGUUGCCACAUAGGGCUUUUAAUCACUUGAUCGUAUAGCGCAGCCUUCUGCAGCCUCCAGCCCUCUGGAUGUUUUGGACUACAACUCCCAUCAUUCCUGGUCAUUGGGCAUGCUGGCUGGAGCUGAUGGGCAUUGUAGUCUGAAACAUCUGGAGGGCACAAGAUUGGGCAAGGCUUUUGUAAGGCCUCCUUCCAACUAGGCAAACAGUAUGGAAAGAAGCUUGUUCCUCCCUUUGCUACUGUCCACACCUUUUUAGAGAAGUGUGCCUUUUACCUGAAGAGCCUCUGAAUCAGAGGGAAAGGGUGCCAAUUUUUCUUGAUGAUGCACCCCUCCAAAAUAAACAGCAAACACCUACGCCCUGCCUCAACGCUUAAUUCAGGUUUUUAUUUUAAAACCUGGGAUUUGGAGGUAUGACUUGACUGAACAUGUUCCCCCUUUUAAUAGCAUUCAUUAAAUGAGAAUUUAAGCUUUCUAAAGUAGUUUGGAAACUCUUUGCAGUCAAAUUAUGACACGAUUGCAGGAAGGAAACCCUCUUGUCAAACAGAUGUCGUCUCUAUAAAACAGCCCAAACCCAAGAAGUUUAUGGCACAGCAUCUGUUUAUGCACGCGUUAAUCUGAGCGGGAACAUUUGUUUCAUGUUUAUGAAAUCAUCAGCGCCCCUGUUCAUCGCGGCUGUGCUAGAACGUUAAAGGGAUCUUUCCGCAUAUGAUUGAAUUCUAAAUGUCUAAUAAUGUAGGGCGAUUGUAAUAACAUGCAUUACAGGAACACCUGCUUUUAGUGUUGGUUUGAAACCAGUCAGUUUGUUACACACCACAGGGCUUGGCCUUCCUUUACUUCCUGCCCUCCCUUCCGGGGAUAAAAGCAGUUCCCAAACCCAUGACUCUAAAGCAUGUAGUAAAAGGCAGAGUUGUGUUUUGUAAAACAACAAAUCUUCGUGACAUAAUUGCAUAUAAAAUAUGGUGGUUUUAGUGAUCAUUAGGCAAUAUAUUUUUAUUUGCCUACAAAUGUUAUUUCCUUCAUUGUUAUUCAAUUUAGAUAAGAAAUGGCUUAAUUAUUUACCAGGCUGGUCCAAGGCAACUUAGCGUCCUAAGACACAGCCCUGCAUGAUCCAGGAUCAAUUCCCAGGACCCCCUGUAAUGAGGAUGCUGCGAUUCAACAACUAGGAUCUUGAGAAGGACCUCUCAUAUUGUAGGUUUUCUUGGGCGCCCUUAAUAAUAAGAUUACCUUAAGUAUCUGCUUGGGUCACUUGUGUGGUUGGCCCAGACCUGAUUAUUUUAAAAGAAAGUAUAUACAAAAAAUCCUGAAUUAAAUACCUUCCAGAACCAAAGCUGCAAGCCAGAUCAAAUGUGUGAACCAAACUCUACUCAACUGUUAGUAUUGGGAGGUUAGAACCUAAGCAGGAUCAGAUUGUGCUGAAACAAGAUCUGUCUUUCUGCUAAGGAAAAUGAUUUCUAAAAACUGUGUUGUAUGUCAUUUAGGGGAUAGGAUUUCAGUCCAGAAACUUUACAGAUGCGACAUUUGUGAUUACACAAGCACAAUGUAUGUUGGUGUGCGGAAUCAUAGGCGGAUUCACAACUCCGAUAAGCCAUACAGGUGAGCAUAUCUCUGGGGUUUUCUGUUAUAGCUGGAAUUUUUUUGAUCUGUUUUCUUGCAGCUGUCAAUUCUAAAGUUAGAACACAGUGGGCGAUUUGAAAUUGCCUAAUUUUGAAGGAGUGUGUCACUUGCUACCAAUUUACUCUGACAGUCACUUUAGAAUCUGCUGACAUCAUUACAAUAAGGACCUGCAAGUAAUACAUAUUGAAAUACCUGGUAAGGAGGUUCCUAAAGCAAGCAACAGCAGAAUUGGAGCAUACUUGGGCCACAUCCCAUCAACCGGAAGACUGCCGGGUUAUGCUAGAAGAAUGUGGCUUUUUCAACCUGUUUCUUUUAAGCAGCCUAGAAAGGUCUGAAAGGUGGGGUAGAAAAUCUUCAAAACAAACAAUAAGCAGAUUUAUUGAGUCUUUAAUGCUUCUUUUUAAAAUUCAGCACAGUUGUCCAGGAACCUCUACCAUUUGCAUGAUGCAUCUGAAAGUUUGCCAUUUUAAACUUUUAGAUGGAUAGAGCCAUAUUGAUUGAACCACAUGUUUAAGCAGACAGCUAACACCUCCAGAGGCCCUUAACCAAUGACAUUUUCAUCUGAAUAGCAGGCAGCGAACAUUUACUUGACUACUGCACCGAUGGAUUCUAGAAUGAAUUAUAAUUGGCCAAACUUCCCUCCUUGUCCUCCCUUCCGCAAUGCCCACCUCAGAGAUGGUCUUGUCAAGAGGCUGAGGUUGCUGGGAACCAAUUGCUUCUUUGUUUUCCUUCAGGUGUCGAAUGUGCGACUUUGCCACAACAAAUAUGAAUAGCUUGAAGUGCCAUAUGAGGCGCCAUCCACAGGAGCACCAGGCAGUGCAGCUAAUGGAGCAGUUCAAGUAGGUAACUGACUGCUUGGCAAGCCGGUGGCAGCUGUGGCCUUGUUAAUACGGAUAGUUUGAAGUUCAGAUCACCAAACAUUUGCUAGAGAUCUCUCACAAAUUGCUUGGUUAAGGGAUCAUAUCUGCCUUUGUAUCUUGCUGCUGUUAGAGCCUGGUACUCUGGAGGCUCCAGAAAACCUGUAAAAAAAACAAAACAACAACCCAGAAGUACCAGAGCUCUGGAAAACAUAGGGGUCUCCCUCAGAAUAUUUGACUGUAGAUACUUAGUAGUGAGGAAAAUGUGCUGCGUAUGUGCUUGGCGCACAAAGUCCUGGUACAUGAAAUGUUCUGGGCAUGGUUCCAAUUUGUUCCAAAUUAAAUGGGCCUUGGAGAAGAAAAGAUGGAAGUUGAAUUUGAUCUUUUUUUUCUUUUUCUUUUUUGUAGAAGUUGACUGUGACCCUAAUUAUAGGUCAGAUUAUUUGUCCAUCCAUCCUGGUAUUGUCUAAUCACUGACUGGCAAUGACUUGCCAGCAGAGGCCUUUCUUCGCGCCUUCUACCAGAACCUUUUUAUUUGGAGAUGUGAGGGAUUGAAUACAAGGCCCUCUGCAUGCACAGCAUCACUGAGCUGUGGCCCCUUCCUUAGUUCCACAGAGAAAUCUGUUUAGCAAGGCCCAGGGCAAUUACUAUAUUCAUGUAGGUAUGCUCCAGUGCAUCUAACCAUAUGUUAAAUUCUGAGAAUACUUGAUAUACUACAAAUUUCUUUAAUGUGUGCAAUUUCUCCCUCUAGCUUUUUAUUACUUUGGCGUUUUUUUAAUACCUAUUCAUUCUGUUGUUAUUGCCUAAUGAGACUAUGUAUUAGUUCACCAUGUUUGACAGACUUUAUAGCUUUAGGUAUACUUUUUGGGGUAGAAAUCUUUAAAAUAUCACAUAAAAAUGCAGUGACAGUUAAACUAAACUGGGAUAGAAAUCAAAGGGUGUGCUGACUUUUUAUAAUUUGACCACAUUUUGGGUAAGACAUGUUGACCCCUCAUUCUUUCUCUUAAUCUUUUUCCCCCUUCAGAUGUUCGCUUUGUGGGUAUGAGUGUAGCCAUCCCCCUUCUCUCAAGUCUCAUAUGUGGAAGCACGCAAGUGACCAAAACUACAACUAUGAACAAGUGAACAAGGCUAUUAAUGAUGCAAUUUCACAAAGCAGCAGGUGUGUGCACAUUUUAGGGUCACUAUUUAUACCUGUAAUAUAGAGCACUAUCUUAACAAUUUGCAUAGCAAGUCAGUUGCUUUAAGCAAUAUAGUUACUUAAGUUAUUGGAGUCGGGGGGGCAUUGUGAUUUCCCUGCUGGAAGUUCUUUUGCCAAACCUCCCACUUUCUCUUUACGCUUGGGGGAAAUUUUAUAAGCUGUUUAGAGAUUUGCUGCACAGUAGUGCAAGGGAGGGAAAGGGCUGGCGUACAAGUGAGAGAUGCCAAAAGCAACUUGUACAUACAUUGAGCCCUGCAAACAGAUCCAUAGACGUUCUGUAUUGCCAUUUUCUUAGAAUUUGUAUACUAAAAAACCAACUACUUUCUUCCUUUCUUAGGUUCCCAGGUCAGCUGACUGGGAAGGUGACCGCUGAUGGUUUAUUUCCUUUGAAAAGCAACUCUGAGGGCUUGUCCUUUUCAGACUCCUCUAACCAAACUGCUGACAAAACUGUGAAUUCUGAUGAAGAUCAGAAUCCUACUUCCACAACUAAUACCUCAUGCAAUUCAGAAAAAACUGCCGGUCUGCCUCACCUUGGCACAGAGUACUGCGUCCUGCUCUUCUGCUGUUGCAUUUGUGGAUUUGAGUCCACCAACAAGGAGAACUUGUUGGACCAUAUGAAGGAACAUGAAGGUGAAAUCAUAAACAUAAUUCUGAACAAGGACCACACAGCAACUCAGAGUGUAAGAUAGGUGAUGCUGCUGCUGCUUUAAAGGGUUUCAUAAAGUGCUGUUUUCUUGUGUUCUCUUUACAUCACCCGAACUACUUGCUAAAGCGAAAACUGUAAGUAAAAAAAUGCAGUGAUAUUUCUAACGGUCGGAAUGUUAUUUAUGUCAACAGGAAAAUGGAUUUAUUUCACAAGCUCUUGAAGUAACUGAACAGUAAAUACUCCAUUUAGGGAAAGGUCCGCUGAAACCAUUAUCCUCAACUGACAGAGCCGUUUUCAAUGCCUAUUGCUAAUCUAAAGCUUAGCCAUAUAAUAGGAAUUUCACACUAAUGUGUUACCUUAAGGGGUUUAAUCUUACUGCCUCAAAACUAUCUAAAGGGGGUUAAAUUCAUUUUAGGUAAAUUUUUAAAAACUGACAUGACUGACUACAUUUAUGAAGCAGCAUUUCCAGAAAGUGAGAGGGAGACUUGAGUAACUGCUUAGGCCUUAUGGUUCCUCACUCAAUUACUGCUGCUUCUUUUUUAGAAAAGAUAAAAAUAUCGGUAUCUUCCUGCUGAUACAGGCAUCAUAAAAAAGUAGCAAAUUGUUUGGCUUAGGUUAUUUUUUUCAGUAUGAGAUGCUGAGAAUGUAUAAUUAAGUCUUGAUGGACCUUAACGGUUCACCAGAACCUUCUCAUAAUACUUAAAUAUCUCUCUCUCUAAAAUCAGGCAUUUCAGAAUGCUAGAAGUGCCAUAACUUGGAUCAGAGUGGGUAGGAACAAGUGGUCUUAGCUAAACUUUGAAGGGAGGUUUACCUCUUUAUCAAAUAAUAUUUAACACGUCAAAAUCCAGUUUCUUGAGUACACAGAAAUCUGAUGAAAACUCAGUGGAAGUUACUAGCUUACCCCAUUGUAACUUUGUUAUAAAAUAGCCACUAAAAGCACUUCAUUCACACUUGUUUCUCAAAAGGAGCUGUUUCCAUGCCUUCUAGAAUAGCUUGAGUUCCUGUCUGUGGUUUCAAGCUUCAGCUGCUUAACUGCCAUUGACUUCAGUGGAAGUUCAGCAGCCUCCAAUGUUAUUUUUCUCUUGAAACUAGUGUUAUGUUUCAUUUGGGUGGAGCCCUCUCACAGUUCUUGCCAUAUUGCUGCAUUUCCCUUUACUCUGGCAGUUCAUUGCUUGUAAACAGAUUUGUACACAGAUAUGCUUUAUUUUCAGACAGCUGCAGAACUUUAAAAAAUGUAUUUAUUAUACAUUAAAAGCUCAGCUUUCAUGGUGCUAAUUGAGUUUGGGUCACCCUCUGCCCCUCAAAAUUUCUGAACUGUGAAGUUGGACCAAUGGAAAAUAUUUUGUGUCAUUUUAAAAGAAGCUUUAAAUGUUGAACGCAAAAAUAUUUCAAGGCAUUUUGUAGAAAAUCCAAACUAGAAUCCCUAUUAUUAUUCAAUCUGUUACUUGUUUCUAAACUAGGUGCAUUUAUAAAAAGUGAGUGCAUAAAUUCACUGUACAACAAACUGUACAACAACCAAGUUUAUUUUAAAUAUGAGAUUGAAAAUGUGGAUUGUUUUGUGUUCUUGAGAAAUAUAACAAACAGGGAGAAAUUGAGAAGGUGCUAUAUUUCACUUCCUGCUAUGAGCUCUUUAAGACUGAACAGAAUCCAAUUGGUCACAAACCUUGAUGAAAUACUUCUGGCUCCUACUGUUACCUUUGUAUUCAGUCCUUGCAUCAGUAUUGUAUCCUCAACCUGAAACUUCUGAGGUGCUUAGAAACAGGAAAUUAUUGGGCAACUAUUUAAUAGCUGAGAUCAUACAAAGCGUUAUCAACAUUCCACCUCCUAUCUGUCUAUUUACUGCAAUUAGUUGAAAGCUUGGUAAAAAUUACUCGGUUUAUUUUAAAUGUUUCAUUUCAAAACCAUGGCGAAGGCUCUUUGUCACAAACCUUUACUUUGUUUUGGUUUUUUCCUUAAUGGAUCAUGCCUGUCUGUUACACUACAAGAAAAUUGUGAAACCACAAGCUUAUAAAACUAAUUAUAUUUUUAUUGAAGUUACGUAUUGAUUUUUAGGCAUGUAAAGCUUUUUGCAGGAAUACAAUAUGUGAAGAACAAUUGAAAUGAAUUGGGGAGGCCAGGCAAAGUGCAUAUGUAUUCAGAAGGUUCUUACCAUUUUGUAUAUGUAAUCUUCCAUUGCUGUUAAAUAGUAAAGGGAAGUAUUUUAUUUUUAUUUUUUUAAGCUAACUAUAGUCUCAAUACUUAAAAGUUUGAUAUUACCUUCAAUUGCACAAGAAAAGCAUCCUUCAUACUGACACUUUUUUUUUUCAUUUUCAUUUUAAAGCCCACGGGUUGCUAUCAGUUCACUCUUCAAAUUUACACACUUGCCAUGUAGCAGACUUGAGGCUGAAACCAGUUUGUUGAUCAUGUUACCUAUCUUGGAGUGUGAGCUGUUUGGAUUUAGGGAGUUUUUGUUUAGAGCACUUUUUCAGACAUACAGCAUGUCUUCCCUGUUUUAGGAUUUUAAAAAGAUAAAUGCAUACUGCUAACUAGAGUGUUUUAUUUCUUCCCCUCCGCCCCCCAUUUAAUUUAUGGAGGAGCAGAUUCAGUGCUCUGUUCUGUUAUGGGCGAAAAGCUUCCAUUUAUACUUCUGGCUGCAAUUCCAAUAUACACUUGCUUUAGAGUAAAUUGCAUUACACUUGCAUUAUUUCCAUAGAGAUGUGCUGUGGAUGACAUCCUUACAAUGUUCAUCCAGUUGUGCUCAAUGAGAAAACUCUUUCAAUGGAUCAGCACUGCACUUGUUUGGGCUGGUUAGGAUUAAUUUAGCGUGUGAUACAGGCUAGUAGUAGGAAGAAGGGCAGGAGGGCAAUGGGAUCACUGCUACCCCACUUUUAGGCCCACUGGGCAUCUAAACAUAAAAAGUAAUAUUUCUAUAGGACCGGCAAACACACAAUUAAAUGAUUGCAGGUCCAAAUUAUGAUCUUAUUAUUCUAGGAAAUGUUUACCUGUGUGGUUUGGGCCUUCAUGUGCUUCAGCACGUGUCCAACUGAUGGGCAUUUUGGUUGGUGUAGAGGUAAGAUUAGUAGACAGGGCAUGGGGUGGGAUGAUUCUCUUCUCUUGUUUCCCAUCCCCGUAAUCUGACCAUAUUUUAUUUUUCUUAACCAGCCCUUUGACUGUAGCAUAAGCAACUUAUUUGGAAACAUGGUGUUGGAAUCAAUGGAGCUUGCUUCCAAUUAACUGUGGCUUCAACAGCUUCACCAAUAGAGGCUGUAUUCCUUGUUCUUAGCUUGAAAAAACAUUGUGGCAUUCAGCUAGUUGCUGCAUUUUUAAAGCACUUAUUUAAUCAUUUAAAAUGAAAAUGUACAGUUGGUGCUCAAAGUAAUGUUAAAAUAUAUUUAAUAGAAAUGUGCAUUUGAUAUUCAUGGGCAUGGGUACAUAUAUUUUUUUAAGAAAAAGGAAUUGUAAUACUAUGGCACUGUUUUUUAUAGCCAAAGUAUAAAACUUUUAGAAAACUGACAUGUAAAAGACUGUAGAUCUUGCAUUAUCUGAAUGACAGGAUGACUUACUUUAUAAGAUACUUUCCCGCACAUUAAGCUGCAUGCCUUAAGUUCUCUCUAGGUUUGUCUUGUUUGGAAACUACGGAAGCAAACUUUGUAGUACAACUUUGACUACCUUCUGAAAUACUGUACAUUGUUAGAAUAAUUUAUUUUGCUUUACAGAAGUUUUGUCAUGUAUUGACUAAUUGUAUUUUGGUAAUAAACUCCUUUGUUAAACACAUCA